CGCACGCAAACGUAAACUUGCGCAGGGGGUGUUCGAUGACGGCUGCAACUGUGCCGCCGCCGGCUCGGCCGGCGGUGGAGGAGGCCCGUAGCGGGGCGACCGUUGCCGACGAGGAACCUGUUGGGCACCCACGCUUGGCGGCUGCUUUUGGGAUGCCCCUACGCGCCCCGACGUGCUCGUACGUCGCCGAGUGGGCGGCACCGAUCGGGCGACAGCACCCGUUUUGGAGGAGACAGCCGACCAGCGACGAGGAGAUGGAGCGGACAGGGCCGUGCUGCUUCUUCUGGUGGUGUCCGCCGUCGCAGACCAUGUGGCUUCGUGUGGCCUGCGUUCUGAUUCUUCUGUGCACCCUGACGAAGCAAGGCGAAGCUCGUAGGCGGCGCAUCUUCGACGACUGCCCCGAGAGCCGGCUGCCGGUGGCGGAGGCCGACCUCGUCCUCACUGCCACCGUAGAACGAUUGCUCCAGAACGGGGCACAGGUCAGCGUGCGAGUGCAUCGUCCUCUGAAGGGUGGCCCCCGGGAGUUGGGAGGCUCGGUGCUUCUGGUGGAAGGUCUGGACAACGACGCCCUGUGCGGCACGCGGCUCACACAGGGCGACACGCGCCUCUUCCUGCUCAAGGGCGGCGCCUCUGAGGGCCGCACCAGGCUGCUGUCGUCCCCGUUGCGCGUCACGCUGCCAAACCUGGACAGGCUGCAGGCCGCCGUCAACGGAGAAUCAUACCGGAGACGACUUCACGAACGGGACCUGCCGUGCGAGGCCAAGUACUGUCCCUGGAAUGGCGACUGCACCGAAGACCGGCUGGGAACGGCGCGCUGCAGCUGCCCGACGUCGUGCGACUUCGAGACGAAGCCCGUGUGUGCCACUGAUGGGGUCACCUACCCCAACAGGUGUAAGAUGCGCGUCGACUCGUGCCGCAAGCAGAAGAGGCUCUGGUCGCGCCACCAGGGCAACUGCCAUGCCACGCCGCCGUACGGGUCGCCAUACUAGCGAUCCUCGACGCACCACUCCACGUUUGGCUGGCGUCUCGCAGCUCCAUACCAUUAGCUCGGCCGAUAGCCACAAACCUUCGCGUCGUCUGCAUUGGAUCGACCGCGACGCGUUUGUUCUCCUCCUCGUUCUUCGGUAAAUUUUGUGAAGCGAUGUAGUACAUCCUGAUUAGCAUACCGAGUUAAUCCCGAGCGCUACCUGACUACUAAACAGCAAACUGGAAAUGGUUCCCAGUGAAGUUUUUUAAAUCGGAAAAGCAGAGUCGCCGAAGGCAGGCACUCAAUAUCGUCGUAUGCCGUCUUUGACGUGUGCUGGUGCUUUUUACACUUCUACAUGGCACCGUCGAUGCACCCAUGGCGCAGGAAGAUACUUCAUCGUCCGUAGAAUACCGGUCUCAGUGACCGGCAGUCGUCCCGCCGCGUGUCCUACUUCGCGCGCAGCUCUCACUUUUCCAUCAUUCCUUUUCACUUUUUGAGCGCACAAAAGAACAAGGAGGAAAAACGACGUGGACACAGAGCUGUGUCCGCGUCGUUUUUCGUCCUUGUUCUUUUGUGCGCUCAAAAAGUGAAACAUAAAUGACAAACAUGCCCAAGCACGCGCGCUUUCAAAUCAUUCCUUAUUUCCGCUUCUUGUGUUCCUUACUGCCAGUGUAAGGUAGGAAGCCAGGCACUUGUCUGGUUUCUGCUCCUUGUUUUCUCUUUCGCUUUCUUUCUUUCUCUGCCUAAAUUCGGCUUGACGCGAAAGAAAGGCCUUGCUUAGAGAAGUGGCAGGAGAAUCAAGGGAAUAAUAGGCAAUACAGCUGUUGAAUCAUCAACCACCUGUGCCAAUGACAUUCACGGGACUUGGCCUAACCGCACUGAGCUUGAGAGAUCACGGAUGCCUCUUUAGAAUAUUGAAAUGCACGAACGGAAAUAUCCCCAUUUCAUGUGUGGCCAAAUGAGAAAUGUUCGGCCCACAGCUGUAUCCUGCUUUCCCGCACACGAUUAGCUGCAGUGACGGGAUGCCUCUUGGUGAUGCAUUUUAGUUACUUCUUGUAACGAAUGCGUAUAUGCUCGUGAGUGAGUAGUCCGGUCUCCUUCAGUGUUCUUUGUAGUGGCCAAAUAUAAGCGCACUGAUGAUACUGAAAUAAAGAGGCGUGACUACGUGAGCGAGUGAGUUUUCCUGCGCUUGAGAAAGAGGAAACUAACGUCUUUGGCUUGUAAGUGCGCACAUGCGCAAUGAAGUUUGGCACCAAAAGCUGCAGACGAUGGCACCCUAACUACUCCGUCUUCAGGUUCUGGCAAGGAUAAGACAAGUACAGCUUUUUUGGUUGGCGGGCAUGUCCUGCCCCGUCAUAAUUAGCAAGGUCCUGCGGGCACAUAGCAGCAGUGGAGAUGAAGCGUGUACUCGAUAGACGCGUUUUCGAUGCCACGAGUUAAAACCACGGGAUAUUAUCUAGCAAAUACAUUGCAUACGUAACAUUUUCACGAGAGUGCUAGUUCAAUAAAGUCUGAU